CCGGAUUGGCCGUGCUACUAGCCAGAGCGGAGUGUGAUUCCCCACCCUCCUCCCUCACUCUGGGUGCGGGACUGAGAGCUGGCACUGGGGCCCCGAACCGCAGCCGGGCAGGAGCGCUCCAGAAUGAAAAUGCAGCUCCUGGUUUUCGUGGUCUGCUUGGUCCUUGGGAUCCUGUCUGCCCAGGCAGCAAAAAAGACAUCUGUGGAUCCUGAAACACAUAUGAAUGUGAGUGAAAUUAUCACUCAUUGGGGGUACCCUUGUGAGGACCACUUAGUUGAGACAGAAGAUGGAUAUAUUCUUACCCUUCAUCGAAUUCCUCAUGGGCGGAAGAACCAUGCUGACCAAGAUCCCAAACCAGUGGCUUUCCUGCAACAUGGCUUGCUGGCAGAUUCUAGCAACUGGAUCACCAAUCUGCCCAGCAACAGCCUGGGCUUCAUCCUGGCAGACGCUGGCUUUGAUGUGUGGAUGGGAAACAGCCGGGGGAACACCUGGUCUCGGAAACACAAGACACUUUCAGUUUCUCAGGAUGAGUUCUGGGCCUUCAGUUAUGAUGAGAUGGCGGAAUAUGACCUACCAGCUUCAAUUAACUUUGUUCUCAAUAAAACUGGUCAAAAGCAGUUAUUUUAUGUGGGCCACUCUCAAGGCACCUCAAUAGGUUUCAUAGCAUUUUCACGGAUACCCGAGCUGGCCAAAAAGAUUAAAUUGUUUUUUGCUCUGGCCCCCGUGGCGUCAAUCAACUUCACUUAUGGCCCUCUAAUUAAAUUUGGGAAAAUUCCAGAAUUUAUCCUCAAGGACAUGUUCGGGAACAAAGAGUUUUUUCCCCAGACUGAGUUGUUGAAGUGGCUGAGCGUACACUUUUGUACUCAUGUCAUUCUGAAGGAGCUUUGUGGAAAUAUAUUUUUCCUUGUCAGUGGAUUUAAUGAAAAGAAUUUAAAUAUGUCCAGAGUGGCCGUGUACACCACACACAGUCCAGCUGGCACAUCUGUGCAGAACAUGCUACACUGGGUCCAGAUGUAUAAACUACACAAAUUCCAAGCCUUUGACUGGGGAAGCAGGGCCAAGAACUUUUUUCAUUAUAACCAGAGUUACCCCCCAGCUUACAGUGUGAAAGACAUGCUGGUACCCACUGCCGUCUGGAGCGGAGGCCAUGACAUGCUUGCAGACAAAAAGGACGUCAGCUUGCUCCUGCCCCAGAUCACCAACCUGGUGUACAGCAAGUUUAUUCCGAAGUGGGAGCACCUCGACUUUAUCUGGGGCUUGGAUGCCCCUUGGCAGCUAUAUAGUGAAAUUGUGAAUCUAAUGAGGAAAUAUCAGUGAAAGCCAGGCUGGAGAAAUUUACCACCAAGUCUGGGAUCACUGCUUGUUAAAAUUUGUUUGCUUUAUUUCUUGAAAACACUUGCUUUUCUUGGGCUUUUGUAUUUUGAUGUCCUAGAAAAUUAUGACAUUGAAAAUGUCCAAUUCUCUGCAGUUAGGAUUAGAAACAUAGUAGCCUAGUUCUUGUUUGUUCAGUCCUGGCUGGAUUAGAAGGUAGUGUUGUCUCCAUCAUGGUGUAGUUCCUAAGGCUUUGAAAAACAUCACUGAUUUGUGAAUAGGUCAUGAGCACUCUGUUCAGCUUUACACAUUGAAGAUAUUCUAGAUUGUUGUUUUAACUUCACAUAGGGAAUAUUGGGCCAUGUUCGAUUUUUCGAAUGUGCUGUCCAUUGUUAAGUAGUGUGGUGGUGAAUUGAGAGCAGCUCAGGGUCUAACACCAGGUUCUCAUCUCUGCCAUUGGCCUUGUAUUCAGGUAUCUAGAUGGCAUUCUCUCUUGUUCCUAGGCAUUAGGCACUGAGUCAGUUUCAGUGACACCACUUGUAAAGAUCUCCACACCUGUGGCCUGUAUCCCAGGUCUUGUAUGUAUAAAUAAGUAAUUUUUUUUUUUAAGAUCCCUCAAUGAGUUUUAUCAAGCUGGAGGGCAAUUGCUUUUACUGAAUAAAUGCUUCAAUUGCUAAGACCAAUCAAAAUAACUUCCUGGCAUCUUCAAAACAUUAAUUUCACUCAGUUAAAAAACAGCUAUAUCUUAAUAACUUGAAGACUGUUACACGGGAACAUUUAUAUUCAUGAACUUUAAACUAUGCAGCAGGUUGCAAAUCCACAGGUUUGAGAAGAAAAAUCCUGGGGAGAGACUGUUAACGCUGUUUUUUUUUUUUUUUUGAAAUUAAUGUCUUCGGCCGACCAGCUGCUUGUAACGUCGUCACAAACCCCCAAGGCUGCCCGUGAGGUCUCGUAUCUUAGUUCAUUAUCUCAUGUGCAAAACAUAGUGGUGAAUGUUUCCAGAAUAAAGCUCAGGGAUUUGUCUUGUU